CUCAAACUUAACAAUGUACUCAUCCAAACUACUACUUUGCCUGAAGUCAAAUUAGAUUCACCCUGGUGCCAACACAUAAAUUUCACAGCAUAUUUUUUCAUCGUUUUGCAAAAUGAGGUCUUUUAUUUGGUAUCUGCCAUUGACACUCAUGAUUCACUCAUGUGCAGCCACAGAAAAUAUUGGGCAUGACUAUUUUAAAACUGUUAUUGAGUUUGUUAACUCUGGGAAUCACUCAUGGAAGGCGGGACACAAUUUAGUGACAGCCCUUGGUCAAGAAGCACAUAUGCUGGCAGGGUCACAUCUAUCCCGAGGACUACCAGUAAGGCAUCCUGUCACAUCUCCCAUCCCAAGCAAAUUUGAUGCUAGACAACAAUGGUCACAUUGUAAAAGCAUCUGGAGUAUCAAGGACCAGGGCAACUGCGGCUCAUGUUGGGCUGUAUCAACAUCUUCUGUAAUGUCGGAUCGAGUAUGCAUUUCUUCCAAAGGUCAGGUUCAGGUGAACAUUUCCGCUGAGCAGUUGACAGCUUGUUGCACAGAUUGUGGGACUGGUUGUAAUGGUGGCUACCCUGACAAGGCGUGGCCGUACUUCUGCCACCACGGCUUAGUGACCGGGGGAGAUUACUUGUCUCAAGAGGGUUGUCAGCCAUAUGAAGUGCCACCCACUGGUGUUGAAUCUGACAUUUACCUUGUAUGCAGUCCUCACAAAUGUACAAACAAGAACUAUUCAGUCCCGUAUAAAAAAGACCUGCAUUUUGGAAAAACUGCAUAUGCCUUGCCUAAUGACGAAAGGACAAUUCAAGCUGAGAUAAUGACUAAUGGACCUGUAGUUGCGGGAUUUACUGUGUAUGAUGAUUUCUUCAGUUAUACUUCAGGAGUGUAUAGGCAUGUGAGAGGUUCGGAGGUUGGUGGUCAUGCGGUGAGGGUGCUUGGCUGGGGAGAUGAGCAUGGCACUAAAUACUGGCUCAUCGCAAACUCCUGGAACCGAACCUGGGGUGACCGGUUAUGUCAUGUUUAUAAUUUGUUGACAGGAGUGUAUAGGCAUGUGAGAGGUUCGGAGGUUGGUGGUCAUGCGGUGAGGGUGCUUGGCUGGGGAGAUGAGCAUGGCACUAAAUACUGGCUCAUCGCCAACUCCUGGAACCGAACCUGGGGUGACAACGGUUAUGUCAAGUUUGUCCGAGGCAUAAACAACUGUGGUAUCGAAGAAUUUGUUACUGCUGGAUUAGUAGCACCACUCUAAUCAUUGGACAGUUCUACUACAUUGAUUCUAAAACUUGAUCAAUAGUGUUUAUUUAGAGAGAGAGUUCAACUCAGUAUUCGUGUAUCUUUGUUGUUACCCUGCUGAAUGGAGUAAAUGGUUACUACGGCAAAAAAUAAAGGGUUGUUUCAUAACGUGA